GCCGCGACUGGUGAAUUCUGUGCGCGCGCUCCAUUCCUGUCGGGUAUUCUAUGACCCCGACAUGCAGUACUAACGCAGAAAUUAAUUGUAACUCAUUCAAAAAUUAUACUUCUUAAGCAAAUUGGCAGUUUGUCGGGCAGAUAACCAGGUGGCCACGUCGAGUCACAACCUACCGAGACCCGCACACAGAAUCCAACGGAACCACAGACGUGUUUUCGAAAUUUGAAUUUGCCGCGUCGUCUCAGCCUUCUCGAUUCCGCAACUUAUAUAGGCGAAAAUGACUUAGAUUUUGGGACUUUCGAAGUGAUAGUAAAUCGUUAUAGUACUUAGUGACUGUGACUGUGAUAGAAGAAGAGAUUUUGUUUACCUGUAGGACUUUUAGGAUUAACUGGAGAUUUCUGAACAAGAUGAAAUUUCACACUAUAGUCCUGUUCGCAUCUUGCCUCUUGGAUAUUUGUAUAGCAUAUGAUGUUCAUAAACAUAUGACGAUAGAUGAAUUGAGGAGCGUUUUCCAUGUAGACCACCAUGAUUUAGUUCCUGAAUACGAAAUAGUCCAAAUAGAUCACCUCAACAAGAGGAGUAUAUCGAAGUCUAAGAAUUUAACACAAAAUAUAAUCGACGUAGAUGAAAAAGUAAAAUAUAACAACGCUACUCCACAAACGAUAGAUACUACGAGGCAGUUGAGGCUGAAAGCAUUUGGAAUACCCUUCAAUUUGAGCCUCAUACCUACCAGUGGACUUUUCAAAAAGGGUAAACUGAAGAUUUGGACUGUGGAACCAAACGCUACUGCCCAACAUGGGGUUGAAUAUGUGGAACUUCCAGAGACCAGUGAUGAAAUAGGAGACCUGUACCAGGACGAGGAGAACCAAGCCGCUGUUCUUUUGAGGAACGAAGAAGACAUCGUCGUUGUGGAAGGAAGUAUUGGUCCAGAUAUCGUCAUCAGGCCAAUCCCACAGAGACUCAGGAAUAAAAUUCUCAAAACAUACGGAAAUAACAGAUCGGAAGAAAUACCAUACAAUCCAACAGACGAUGAAAUGUUCCUAGACUCCGAUGGUGAACUAAGUUCCGAAGUAUCCAUAGACACAGGAGUACCAAUCAAAAGAAAGAAAAUCCAUAAGCAACAUCACAUAGUCUACAAGAAGAAGAAAGCCCAACAAGACGAUAGUUUCAGUGAUUAUGCCUUUAUGGAACCUGACCAUCUGAUCAAAAGGCACAAAAGAUCGACAAGGUCCUCCAGAUCAGAUAGGAACAAAAGAGAAGCACCAUAUACGAUAUAUCCUGAGAUAUUGGUGAUUGUGGACUACGAUGGCUACAGACUACAUGGUGGUGACAACUUGCAGAUUAAGAGAUACUUUGUAUCGUUUUGGAAUGGUGUGGAUUUGAGGUACAAGCUGCUGAAAGGACCCAAGAUACGUAUCAGCAUAGCAGGAAUCAUCAUCAGUAGGGGAAGAGAUGCAACCCCAUAUUUAGAAAGGAACAGGGUAGGAAGAGAUGCUAUAGAUUCAGCUGCUGCUCUGACAGACAUGGGAAAAUAUUUGUUCAGAGAAAGAAGGCUGCCAGUUUAUGACAUAGCUGUGGCAAUAACGAAACUAGACAUGUGCAGAAGAUCAUACCCGAAUGACGUUUGCAACCGCGGUACUGCAGGUUUUGCCUAUGUGGGAGGUGCUUGCGUUGUGAACAAAAGACUGGAGAAGGUCAACUCUGUUGCCAUCAUAGAAGACACUGGAGGAUUUAGUGGAAUCAUCGUUGCUGCUCAUGAAGUUGGACAUUUGUUGGGUGCAGUACAUGAUGGAAGUCCACCACCUUCCUACCUAGGAGGGCCAGGAGCAGAAAAAUGCCAGUGGACAGACGGUUACAUCAUGUCAGAUUUAAGACACACAGAAAGAGGCUUCAGGUGGUCGUCAUGCAGUGUAGCCAGCUUUCACCAUUUCUUAAAUGGUGAUACAGCGACUUGCCUUUACAAUUCACCGCAUGAGGAUGAUAGUUUACCAAGGGUUCUUCCUGGUAAAUUGUUAACGUUAGAUGCCCAGUGCAGGAGAGACAGGGGUACAAGUGCUUGCUUUAAAGAUGACAGGGUUUGUGCUCAGCUGUUUUGCUUUGAUGCUGGCAGUGGGUAUUGUGUCGCUUAUAGGCCUGCAGCUGAAGGUUCACCCUGUGGAGAUGGUCAAUACUGCCUGAAUGGCCGAUGUGUAGCAGAACACGAAAACAUCAUCCCAGACUAUUCACAAAACUCAGCGACAUACGUAAGAAGUAACAACAAUCUAGGAAGGCCGUUGUUCUACGACGACGAAGAAGAAGUUGAGGCAUACCAGAAACCGGAACAACCUCAGUACUACGACUACAACACAUCUCCCCAACCCCCUCAAAAUCCCUACUACCAAUUCAACAAUUUCGAUGACCCUAAUAAUUAUAACCAAAAUUACUACUCGCUUUCUAUGGACCCGUCUUUCGUUCCAACGAAAAAAAGCGACGAUUACAACCCUGCCACCCUUAAAAGAUUCAAUUUAUUCACGUUGUCAACAACAAAGUCCCCUUACGACUUCAAGAACUUUGGAAAAUUCCCCACCCAAAAUUCCUUCGUGGAUAAGUUCAGUUUGUCCAACCUCAGGAAUUUCCUGUUCCCUAAAAGCACGACUACCAACCCUUACAUUGGGAAUUAUUAUCAGUUGAGAAAGCUCACAACGAUAAACCCUUAUAACUUUUCCAAUUUUGGAAGAACAACUAAAAGCCCGUAUACCUUGAAUUUUGACGAUAUAAAUAACAAUUACUUGAAACGCAACGCCGCCAGUUAUUUCCCUAGUGAUACGAAUAUAAUGAACAAUUUUACUGCCUUCACGUAGAGAGAAAUUAUAGG